UCGAAACAUUGUGAGUUGUGUAUUACCACUGACUAAUCUAAUAAGUUAUUUAACGAAAAGUCUAAUUAUUUAAUUUUAAAACUAUAUUAACUACUUUUAUUAACAACUGAAAUUUAUUUUAUAUUGGUUUCAAGAUUUUGUUCUGAUCAAAUAUGGCUGAGAAAUUGUUGAAAGCAUCAAGAGUUGGAUGGCUAGGAGAAGUUCAAUCACUAUUAGAACAGAAAGUUAAUGUCAAUGCAACUGGUAGAUGGGGCAAUACAGCGUUGAUAUUGGCAUCAAUCAAUGGUCAUUUUAAAAUUGUUCAAGAACUGCUAAAAAAUGAAGCAGAUGUGAAUAUUGUUGGUCAAUUUGGCACCACAGCAUUGAUGAGGGCAUCAAGCAAUGGUCAUCUUAAAAUUGUAAAAGAACUGCUUCAAAAUGAAGCAGAUGUGAAUAUUGUUAAUCAAUUUGGCAACACAGCAUUGAUUUGGGCAUCAAUCAAAGGUCAUCUUGAAAUUGUUCAAGAACUGCUUCAAAAUGAAGCAGAUGUGAAUAUUGUUGAUCAAAGUGGCGACACAGCAUUGAUUUGGGCAUCAAUCAAAGGUCAUCUUAAAAUUGUUCAAGAACUGCUUCAAAAUGAAGCAGAUGUGAAUAUUGUUGAUCAAAGUGGCAACACAGCAUUGAUUUGGGCAUCAAUCAAAGGUCAUCUUGAAAUUGUUCAAGAACUGCUGAAAAAUGAAGCAGAUGUGAAUAUUGUUAAUCAAAGUGGCGACACAGCAUUGAUGCGGGCAUCAAUCAAAGGUCAUCUUGAAAUUGUUCAAGAACUGCUGAAAAAUAAAGCAGACGUGAACAUGGUUGGUACAUUUGGCGACACAGCAUUGACUUCGGCAUCAAUCAAUGGUCAUCUUGAAAUUGUUCAAGAACUGCUUCAAAAUAAAGCAGAUGUGGAGAUUGUUAAUCAAAGUGGCAACACAGCAUUGAUUUUGGCAUCUUGCGAAGGUCAUCUUGAAAUUGUUCAAGAACUGCUUCAAAAUGAAGCAGAUGUAAAUAUUGUUGAACCAUGUGGCGACGCAGCAUUGAUUUUGGCAUCAAUCAAUGGUCAUUUAGAAAUUGUUCAAGAACUGCUGAAAAAUAAAGCAGAUGUGAAUAUUUUUAAUCAAUGUGGCGACACAGCAUUGAUGUUGGCAUCAUGCUUCGGUCAUUUUGAAAUUGUUCAAGAACUGUUGAAAAAUGAAGCAGAUGUGAAUAUUAUUAAUCAAAGUGGCGACACAGCAUUGUUGUCGGCAUCAAAGAGAGGUCAUCUUAAAAUUGUUCAAGAACUGCUGAAAAAUAAAGCAGAUGUCAAUAUUGUUAACAAGGAUAACCACACCGCAUUGACGUUGGCAAAGGAUCGAGGAUAUUUUACUAUUAUACAAGAACUUAAAAAAAUAUAUUAUAAAGAAGGCCAUCUGAUAGAAACCGCACUAAAAAGUUAUUCAGAAGUAGUAAAUAAAUUGUUGCAAUAUAGUGAAAAUACCAGCGGAAUACUUCAAAACUAUACAAUGUUAUUUUGGGCGUCCAGUGAAGAACUUUAUAAUAUUGUACAAAAUUUUAUAGAGAAAAACGAUAAAGCCAAUUUAUCAAAACUUCAUAAAUGUACAUCAAUAAUGUGUGCAAUACUUUUAGCGCAUUUUGCAAUCGCUGCAAAAUUAUUAAAUGUCACACAUGUUGUCGAGGAAUGUUUAAAAUCUAUUACUAAUUUAAACUUGGAUAUUAUUGGUGAUAAAAUAUAUGCAACAAUGGAAUCAAUUAAAAAAGCAUUUGAUAUUCUACAUGGACAAAUGGAAACAACGUAUGCUUAUGACAUUAAGAAAUCAAAUGAAAGCAAAACAAAUCCUCAGUGGACAUCACUACAGAGCCAACUUAAUUUUAUGCAACAAUUGUUACAAAAUACAAGUGACGUUCAGACAAUUGAUAAAACAGGCUAUAACAUGUUAUCAACGGAGGCAUCUCAAGUUCACCUUCAAAUUGUUAAUAAAAUAUCAAACUACAAUCAAGGCGAGAAAAUACCAACACACCACCAUACCACGUUCAUCAACUACAUAAAUCACAACUAUCUUGUCCUCGUGCAAGCUAUUGAGAGAAUCAUGUCAAAUUAAUUUAAAUUAAUAUCUAAUUAAGAUUUUUAAGAUUUUAAUUUUAAGAUUUUUUCUUGAUUUGUACGAAUGUAUAUAUAAAUUUAUAGUUGGAAUAGGAAUAGAAUUUUUCAUAGCCCUAA